AACUAAUAUUGCAAUAGUAAUAAGAUGUCUCCUCAUCCACCACAACCGCAUCCACCGAUGCCUCCAAUGCCACCAGUCACUGCUCCACCAGGAGCUAUGACUCCAAUGCCUCCAGUUCCAGCCGAUGCUCAAAAGCUUCACCAAAGCACUGGCAACGACGCAUGCAUCAAGCGUUUACAACAGUUAAACGUUGAGGAUGGUGCGAAAAUGUACAUGAAGCCAACCGAACCUGGAAAAAUGGGCAGACCAGUGGACAUCCAAACCAAUGUCUUCGGAAUUGAAGUCACAAAGGAAACCACAGUUCAUCGUUUUAUGGUUCACGCAAAGGCCGAUUUGACUUCAACAAAGGAAGUGACUUUCACUAAAAAAGGAAAGGAGGACUUCGUCGUUCAGGAUCGUCGCGAUAAGUGUUGCAACAUCUUUUUCCUUGCGGUUGAGAAGAACCCGGAAUUCUUCAAAAUGAAGGAUGGGAAUCAGAUUGUAUAUGACGGUCAAUCAACUCUCUACACGACGGUCAACUUGUUCUCAGAACUGGAUGCCAACGGUACGAAGUCCAAAGUCUUCCAAAUCAACGGAGCUGAUACCGGCAAUGACGACCUUAAGACCCUGCCUUGCAUUUCUCUCGAGAUUUAUGCCCCAAGGGACAACUCUAUCACGCUCUCUUCUGAAAAUCUGGGCAAGCGUACUGCGGAUCAAAACAUUGAAGUAAACAAUCGAGAAUACACUCAAUUCUUGGAACUUGCUCUGAAUCAACAUUGCGUGAGAGAAACAAAUCGUUUCGGAUGCUUCGAGCACGGAAAAGUAUAUUUCCUCAACGCCACCGAAGAAGGAUUCGAUCAACGAGACUGUGUCGACGUAGGAGACGGAAAACAACUUUAUCCUGGCCUCAAGAAGACGAUUCAAUUCAUCGAGGGUCCUUAUGGUCGCGGACAGAACAAUCCAUCUCUCGUGAUUGAUGGUAUGAAAGCUGCUUUCCACAAAGAGCAAACUGUGAUCCAAAAACUGUUCGACAUCACGGGACAAGAUCCUUCAAAUGGACUCAAUAAUAUGACCCGUGAGAAGGCUGCGGCAGUGAUUAAAGGACUUGAUUGCUAUUCGACUUAUACCAACAGAAAGCGCCAUCUAAGAAUCGAAGGUAUCUUUCACGAAAGUGCCACAAAGACCAGAUUUGAGUUGCCCGAUGGAAAAACUUGUUCAAUCGCCGAGUACUAUGCGGACAAAUACAAGAUCAGUCUACAGUAUCCGAACGCCAAUUUGGUGGUUUGUAAGGAUCGAGGCAACAACAAUUACUUCCCGGCUGAACUGAUGACUGUGUCCAGAAAUCAACGUGUCACCAUUCCUCAGCAAACGGGAAAUCAAUCUCAAAAGACAACGAAGGAGUGCGCGGUUCUUCCGGAUGUCCGUCAGCGAAUGAUCAUCACUGGUAAAAAUGCUGUCAACAUUACACUCGAAAACGAGUUGCUCGUCGCUCUUGGAAUCAAGGUUUACUCGGAGCCUCUGAUGGUCCAAGCACGUGAGCUUGAUGGAAAAGAACUUGUAUACCAGAGAUCGGUAAUGUCGGAUAUGGGAAAAUGGCGUGCGCCUCCAGGAUGGUUUGUGAAGCCUGCGACUGUUCCUGAUUUGUGGGCUGCUUACGCUGUUGGAAAUCCAGGUUGCAGAUUCUCCAUUGGAGAUGUCAACCAACUCGUCGGAAUGUUCAUUGAUUCUUGCAAGAAGAAAGGCAUGGUGAUCAAGCCACCAUGUGAAACAGGACUUUACAGUACGGAAAAAAUUAUGACUCAGCUGGAAAAAGUGGCUGCGAGUAAGUGCAAGUAUGUCUUGAUGAUCACUGAUGACGCAAUCGUUCACCUCCACAAGCAGUACAAAGCCUUGGAACAGAGAACAAUGAUGAUCGUCCAGGAUAUGAAAAUUUCCAAAGCCAAUGCCGUUGUCAAAGAUGGGAAGAGAUUGACGUUGGAGAACAUCAUCAACAAAACUAACGUGAAGUUAGGUGGUCUUAACUACACUGUUUCGGAUGCAAAGAAGAGCAUGACCGACGAACAAUUGAUCAUCGGAGUUGGCGUUUCCGCACCACCGGCUGGAACGAAGUACAUGAUGGAUAACAAGGGACAUCUUAAUCCACAAAUCAUUGGCUUCGCUUCAAAUGCUGUUGCAAAUCACGAGUUUGUCGGCGAUUUCGUUUUGGCUCCCUCCGGACAGGACACAAUGGCAUCAAUUGAAGACGUGUUGCAAAAUUCAAUCGAUUUGUUCGAAAAGAACCGCAAAGCGUUGCCAAAAAGAAUCAUCAUUUAUAGAAGUGGUGCAUCGGAGGGUUCUCACGCUUCUAUUCUGGCUUAUGAAAUCCCAUUAGCCCGAGCUAUUAUCCAUGGUUACUCGAAAGAAAUCAAAUUGAUUUUCAUCGUCGUCACUAAGGAGCACAGUUACCGAUUCUUCCGUGAUCAGCUUCGUUCGGGCGGCAAAGCCACUGAAAUGAAUAUUCCUCCGGGCAUUGUCUUGGAUAACGCUGUCACGAAUCCGGCAUGUAAGCAGUUCUUCCUGAACGGUCACACGACUCUUCAAGGAACAGCAAAGACACCAUUGUACACUGUUCUUGCUGACGACUGCAAAGCUCCAAUGGACCGCCUGGAGGAGCUGACCUUCACUUUGUGUCAUCAUCACCAAAUUGUUUCCCUGAGCACGUCGAUUCCCACUCCACUUUAUGUGGCAAAUGAGUAUGCAAAGCGUGGAAGAGAUCUCUGGGGUGAACUAACGACUAAAGGACCAAUUGAAGCAAAGGAGUCGCAAGGCGAGCGCCUCAAGGAACUUACAAAGGAAAUCGGCUACAAACAAACCGAUCUCAAUCAGAAGCGCGUCAAUGCAUAGAUUUGGAGCUAUGCCACAUACACUUGAUGUUUUACCUAGGAUAAUAAUUUUACGGUCACCUAGGAUAAUAAUUUUACGGUUUUUCCGCUAGUUUUAUUGUAAUUUUUUAGUCAAAUGUUUUAUAUUUUUGUAAUGUGGUUCUGUGUGACCCGUAGUAAUUAAACUCGGUAUGAUAAAAGUUUUAGGCUGAUAA